CUUGUCACCAUGGCAAUGUUACUUCAUGCUAAGUGUUUGCAGCGUCUAGCAGUUCCUGGUCCUCUAAGAGUCUUGUAUAAAGAUUACAGAACAGCAACCCCUCAGAACUUUUCCAACUAUGAAUCCAUGAAACAGGACUUCAAACUAGAGAUUCCAGAGCAUUUCAAUUUUGCAAAAGAUGUCCUGGACCAAUGGAGCAGUGUGGAAAAGGCUGGAGGGAGACUUUCCAACCCAGCCUUCUGGUGGAUAAACGGAAAUGGAGGAGAAGUGAGAUGGAGUUUUGAAGAACUCGGAUCUUUAUCCAGGAAAUUUGCCAACAUACUCACAGAAGCCUGUUCCUUGCAAAGGGGAGACCGAGUAAUGGUGAUUCUGCCCAAGAUCCCAGAGUGGUGGCUUGCAAAUGUGGCCUGUCUGCGAACAGGGACAGUUUUAAUUCCGGGAACCACUCAGCUGACCCAGAAAGACAUCCUCUACAGACUACAGUCUUCAAAAGCAAAGUGCAUUAUUACUGAUGAUGCGUUAGCCCCAGCAGUAGAUACUGUGGCAGCUAAAUGUGAAAAUCUCACCUCCAAACUCAUUGUGUCUCAGCACUCCAGAGAAGGGUGGGGGAACCUCAAGGAGAUGAUGAGACAUGCCAGCGACAACCAUACCUGCGUGAACACAAGGCACAAUGAAAUGAUGGCCAUUUACUUCACCAGUGGAACAACUGGGUAUCCUAAGAUGAUUGGACACACCCACAAGUUUGGUUUAGGAUUAUCUGUCAACGGAAGAUUCUGGCUGGAUUUGACAGACUCGGAUGUGAUGUGGAAUACUUCAGACACAGGUUGGGCAAAGUCUGCAUGGAGUAGUGUUUUUUCUCCAUGGAUCCAAGGAGCAUGUGUGUUUGCACACCAUUUGCCCCGUUUUGAGCCGACUUCCAUCUUGCAAACCCUCUCCAAGUUCCCCAUCACUGUCUUCUGUUCUGCGCCAACUGCCUACCGAAUGCUUGUACAGAAUGAUUCAAUCAGCUAUAAGUUCAAAAGCUUGAAGCACUGUGUCAGUGAAUGGGGAACCAAUCACCCUGAAGUGAUGGAACAAUGGAGAAGGAAGACUGGCCUAGACAUCUACGAAGGAAUAAACGGACAGACAGAAACGGUGCUGAUUUGUGGAAAUUAAGGGAUGAAAAUUAAGCCUGGCUCAAUGGGAAAGCCUUCUCCUGCUUUUGAUGUGAAGAUUUUAGAUGAAAAUGGUGCUAUCUUCUCCUGACAAGAAGGGACCAUUGGUGUUCAAGUCUUCUGAGCGACCAUUUGCCUUUUUACUCAUUAUGUAGAUAAUCCUUCAAAAACAGCCUCAACUCUACGAGGGAAUUUUUACAUCACUGGGGACAGGGGCUAUAUGGAUGAAGAUGGCUAUUUCUGGUUUGUUGCGAGAUCAGACGAUUAUAUAUUAUCCUCUGGCUACCGAAUUGGACCAUUUGAAGUAGAAAGUGCCUUGAUUAGAACAUCCUUCCCAUUGCAGAAUCAGCUGUUGUCAGCAAGCCCAGACCCUGUCAGAGGAGAGGUAGUAAAGGCUUUUAUUGUUCUGAAUCCUGAUUACAAGUCACAUGAUCAAGAACAACUGAAAAAGGAGAUUCAGGAGCACGUGAAAAAGACUACAGCGCCUUACAAAUACCCCAGAAAGGUGGAAUUCAUUGAAGAACUGCCAAAGACUGUCAGUGGGAAGGUCAAAAGAAAUGAACUGAGGAAAAAAGAAUGGAAAACUAUUUAA